CUCCCCAUCUUCUCUCCAAAUUCAAACUCCUCUCCCUCUCUCUCUCUCUCUAUAUUUCUUCCAUUCUUCUCUACGUAGCUCACUAUAAGGUAUACUCGUUUGCUAGAAAGCCACGAAACCUAAACAAAUAGCUCUAUUUUUACCAUAAAUGGCAACAGCAGACGAAGUUUCGGCACUUGAGCUCAUCAGUCUCCACUUACUCGGCGAGUUCUCUCCAGUUGAGAACAGCUUCUUCUCAGAUCUGAGUGACAUUUCCACUUCUGAAUCUGAAUCUCUCUCCUCACAGAGCUCGAUGGGUUACGACUCACCGAUUUUAGCCCCCGAGUACCUAAACUUUAACGAAGUUAACGGCACCGAUUUCUUCGAUUCCUUCCAUGAUUCGGUCAUGUUCGAGCAAAAUCGAACGGAAUUUUUCGAAUUUGAAACCAAGCCUCAAGCAAUCGAUCUCACUGCGGUUGAACCGCUGAUUUCGAGCAGCAAAUCGAGCCGCAGGCAGUCGUUGAAAGUUGAUCUGCCUCCGGUGAAGAAGUUCGAGGUGCUGGAGUUCGGCCAGCCGGAGAAACCGAUUUUCGCCGAGAGAUCGUCGAGUGCGGCGGCGGCGGAGGAGGAGAAGCACUACAGGGGCGUGCGGCGGCGGCCGUGGGGGAAGUUCGCGGCUGAGAUCCGUGACCCGAAGCACCGCGGGUCCAGGGUUUGGCUGGGGACUUACGACACAUCCAGGGAGGCGGCCCGGGCUUACGACAGAGCCGCCUUCAGGAUGCGCGGGAGCAAGGCGAUCCUCAACUUCCCGCUCGAAGCUGGGAAGUGGCGGGAGGCGGUCUACACCGCCGCCGUGGACGGCGGAAGGAAGAGGGAGAGAGAAGUUGAGGAAGAAAAGGCGGUGAAGAAGGAGAAGGCGUCGGAAGAAUGUGAUGCUUACGAGAUUAGUACUAGUAUUAGUAGUCCGUUGACGCCGUCAAGUUGGACGGCCGUGUGGGAUCAAAACGGGAAUGGGAAUUGUAUCUUCAACGUGCCGAUGUUAUCGCCGUUAUCUUCCCACGCAAGUUUGGGAUUUUCAGAACUCAUGGUCUUAUGAGGAGCAGUUAUUUUUUUACCAGUUCGUUUUGAAAGAAAAAGACGAGACAAUAGGUUCACGUGCAGAGAGUAUCUCUAGUUAUACUCUAUUAUUUUGCAUUUUAGAUUUUUCCUCAUGGCUAAUGAUUACUGUAUAUUAUCCGAUAAUCCGACUGCCGGAGAUGUAUGUAAAGGUUGUGGUAGUGAGACUGGGUUCAAAGUUUGUCGUAGAGGCAUGUUCAUGAAACUGUGCAUGACAAAAACUAGACCGUCCAAAUUCACCGGCAAUUUUUGUCAUGGAGUACAGUUUUAUGGAUUCAAUGUCAUCGAUCUUAUUAUUUUUUGUCGUACAAAUGACUACAGUUGUGUUAUUUAUUGACUUUUGUACAAAUUUCAGCAAUGUAAUUACUCAAUGCCUUCACAAUUUUUAGUUUCA